GGCCGCCACGGCUUCUUGACGGGUAAAGGCAAAUUUUUGCGCUGUAGAUGCAACAUUCGAAAAACGUUACGCACGGUGACCGUUAGACGCAGUGACUCGCAGCGGAUCGUCGAACAGGUCAGCUUAGCACAGUGUGGUGGGCACAUAUACAGGCUCCGCGUUUUUAGUGUUCGGUACAAAGCAACGCACUGCUCUAACCAACCAGCAAUUGUUUUCUUAACGUCGAGCUGACGAUGACGCGCGUUCGCGUUUCACUAAUUCUAUAGCGCGGUUUUAAUCAACUUUAAAAUAUACUGCAGAUUUUAAACAUUUUUGAUAAACAUUUACCAUAAAAUAUAAACUAAAGAAAAAAUCUGUUUUUUGAAAUCUCUCCGAAUCCGUAUGGUGAUAUUUGUAUGCUGAAUUUUGUAGACUUUGUGAAAUGCAAGUAAAAAGCAUUUCUAAAAAUUUUGAACUGAAAUCAAACUUUUGAAUAACUUACAAGCAAAACCAGUGAGUGAAAAAUAAUUAAAUAAACAAUAACAACGGAAAAUUCAGCAAAAUAAGUUGCAGCAGAAUUAUAGUGUUUGAGUGGAGAGAAGCUUACAAAAAUUUCGCAAGUUGCUCUGUUUUAAACACACAUACCAACGAAGCAACGCAUACACACUCACAGCUAUAUUUGCAGCAAACAUUGGCGCGUCAGGAGUACGCUUUCCAACACACGCUGCCACAAAAAGCGGUUACGUUCAACAAACGCAAAUUCGGUGUCAUGAAGAAGGCCUACGAGUUGUCGGUUUUGUGUGAUUGUGAAAUUGCGCUUAUCAUCUUCUCAUCCAGUAAUAAAUUAUAUCAGUAUGCUAGUACUGAUAUGGAUAAGGUCCUGCUCAAAUACACUGAAUAUAAUGAGCCACACGAGUCACUCACGAAUAAGAAUAUAAUUGAGAAGGAGAAUAAAAAUGGCGUCAUGUCACCAGAAUCACCCGAACAGGAAGCCGAUUUCACACUCACACCCCGCACUGAAGCCAAAUAUAAUAAGAUCGACGAAGACUUUCAGCUGAUGAUACAACGCACUCAAAUGGGCGGAGCGAGCGCAUCCGGACGCAAUCUUGGUAAUACGAAUUACACACUGCCGGUAUCGGUGCCGGUGCCGGGCGCUUACGGCGAUGCCAUGCUGCAGGCGAGCCCACAAAUGUCCCACACAAAUAUAAGCCCACGGCCGUCAAGCUCAGAGACCGACUCAGGUGGGAUGUCCUUAAUAAUUUAUCCAUCGGGUUCCAUGUUGGAGAUGUCAAACGGUUAUCCGCAUUCACAUUCGCCGCUUGGUGGAUCGCCCAGUCCGGGACCGAGUCCAGGUUUAGCUCAUCACCUGUCACACAAGCAACAGUCACCGGGCGGCCAAAAUGGACGCGCUUCCAAUCUACGCCUCGUCUUACCAACACCACUUGCUCAAAAUAUGUCAACUGCAGAUGAGAUUAGCUACGGCGAUCAGCGACACAAUCAGGCAUCACUCAAUACGCCCGUGGUGACGCUGCAAACGCCCAUACCCAAUAUGUCGGGCUACACAUUUGGACCGCAAGAUUUCUCUAUGAGUUCCUCCGAUGUUAUGAGUUUACAGCCAUGGACCACACAUCAGGGACUCGUACAGCAUACGGGACUGCCCCAUUUGGCCGUACCGAAUAGCACACCACCGCCUGCCACCUCGCCCGUCUCGAUCAAAGUCAAAUCCGAGCCACAAUCACCGCCACGCGAUCUCUCCGGUUGCCACCAUCAGCAGAAUAGCAACGGUUCGGCGGGCAGCAGUGGCAGCGGUGGUGGCGGUGGCGGUGGCGGCAGUUCAUCCAACAGCGUCUCCACUGCCAAUGCACUCGCGCUUUCCAAUAUGAAUGCGACGGCGGUGAUAGCGGGCGGUAGCGGCGGCGUCAAUUCGGCGUCCGAGCAGGCUGCCAAUCUGAGUGUACUAAGUCAUCCGCAACAGCAUCUAGUGAUGGGCGGCUCAAGGCCCUCCUCCACGGGACAUUUAACGCCAACGCAAGGAGUGCUAGAUAAAUAUGAAGGAUAUCAAUACCGUUCGCAGCUGGGUGCGAAUUCUAGAGUAUGGAAUUUUGCCGGUUCGGUUACGCCCACCAAUGUGCCAUCGCCCGACUUGCGGCUAACGGCCAAUCAGCAGGCGCAACAGCAACAACAACAACAGCAGCAGCUGAAUGACUACGACGGACCGAAUCAGGCGCACAAGCGGCCGCGCAUCUCCGGCGGUUGGCCGCAAUAG